AUGCAUUUCUCGGCCAUUUUCGGCAGUGUUCUCGCUCCUUUGGCAGCGGCUACCUCACACUCCGGCUGUGCCCCCUGCAAAUCUUCCCAGAUUGAGUUCGCGUCCACCUUCAAGCAGCCUGAACCGCCGAGAAUUAAGCACGAAUUCACAGCCAGCUUUGUCCAGCAUAAGUGGAACGUCAACCUCUCGCAUAUUACACAGGGUUAUAUCACCAACGCCGCCUCCAAGGGUUUCGUCGCGGUCAACCAGGCCAACGAAGACGGGUUGUCCCUCUCCUUCUUCGAUUACAAGAACGUCACCAAGGAGGGACUGGUUGAUAAUACCUUGACGACUUAUCGCCCGAAUGACAAACCUCAAGUGUGGAGAGGCUACGUCAAUUCGAACUUCCCAAUCUUCCAAGACGACAUGCUCAUCACAUCUGGCGCGGUCUAUACCGGAAUGGUAGAUCGCGAUUUCGUCGGGCUCGUUGCAUCCUGGAGCAUCAUGUACCAGGGAGUCAUUCCUGUCACCACUUACGUCGACAACGAUAACAAGCUCGUCGGUUACGAUUACUUUGCGCCCGAGCUGAGAACGAGGGCCACCACCCGCUUCUACAAUAUCAAAGCCUAA